CUCGACAUCAAGCCGCCAACAUGUCCGCCAACUCGCUGAACAAGAUCGCGCCCAACAGCCCUUCCAGGCAGAACCCCUCUGAGAUUGAGACCAGCAUCGCCAGCGCGUUGACUGACCUCGAGAACAAUGUGCCUGACUUGAAGGCCUCUCUGCGCCCUCUGCAGUUUGUCUCUGCUCGCGAGAUCGAGGUUGGCCAUGGACGCAAGGCUAUUGUCAUCUUCGUCCCUGUUCCCCUUCUGUCCCUGUGGCACAAGGCCCAGCAGCGCCUCACCCGUGAGCUCGAGAAGAAGUUCUCUGACCGCCACGUCCUGAUUGUUGCUUCGCGCCGCAUUCUCCCCCGCCCCAAGCGAUCCAACCGCUCCCGCUCUUCCCAGACCCAGAAGCGUCCGCAGUCGCGAACUCUCACUGCUGUCCACGACGCCAUUCUGACCGACCUCGUCUACCCCGUCGAGAUUGUCGGCAAGCGUCUCCGUACCCGCGAGGACGGCAGCAAGAUCCUCAAGGUCGUUCUCGACGAGAAGGAGCGCGGCGGUGUUGACUACAGGCUCGACACCUACAGCGAGGUGUACAAGCGCCUCACUGGCAAGGGUGUCAACUUCGAGUUCCCCCAGAGCCAGCAGACCGACUACUAAGCGUGGACGGGUAGCUGGGUGAGGUCUCAUUAUUCUACAUGGUUCAGGAGUACGGCAGGGCUUCGGAUAUGCAUCAUGUACCGGCAUCAAAAAGGAAUGUGAAUGAGAUGACAUGAGCCUGUAAUGAGCACCUCUUCAAAGAUACCACUGG